AAUGAAAUUAAAAAUUGUUCUCUUAUUUACAAUAGUCUGUUUUGUAUCACUAAGCACUUUCUAUUUGGUAUUGGAAAACAGUAUUAUUUCAAACUAUUACUUUAGAUUAAUCCCUACUUAAAUUGAAGACCAAUCAUAAAUUAAAAGGUACAAAUACCAAACACACAGGAUAUUGGAAUGGUGAUUUACAAUGCACAGCAAAAUGCUAAGCUUAGGAUGGAAUAAGUUGUGGAUAAGCUUGGUAAAAUUGUUGUAGACCUUCAUAAUGUAUAAGUGAAUGGUAUGGUGCUAAGAAUUGUAAGGACCGAAUUCCAGUUCCUGGAUGUUCAGAAGAUGAAAAUUGAUU